CCUCUCCGAAGGGCUGGGACCGGUAUCCAUUGAAAUUUGCGCGACGGCGGACCGACUCGUCGACUUCAGUGCGUUUUCAAUGACGCAAGUGGUCGCGAGAGCUUGUGGAUGACCCAGAAGUUUGCCGAGCGAGAAGAAUAAGCGCGCUGUGGUGCGGCGGUGCGGCUCUCGCAGUGAGACUCGGACCCCGUAAAACUUGCCGCCGAUCGGUGGUGGUGAUUACGCAAUUGCGACAAGUGCGCGGCCCAAGUGGUUGGAAUAUUUCUACGAAACUGCAGCGGAUUCCGGACACAACACGCCCUUGCACGAGCAGCGGAUCAGCGCCCUACGCCGAUCAGAUCGUGGCAGUCGUUGAGUGAAACGGGCUGGCUGCAUGUAGCAAGGCCUUGAACGACGACCGUGCGUCAUCGGUCUAGCGCGCCAACUGCAAGACAUACACAUCUCCAAGGCUCACGGCUCACCACCACCUUGCCGGAUGCAUCAGGCGGCCGCUGACGCGCCGUCCGGGCCCACGACAAUGACCACGUCUCCUUGAGGUCGAAGACAAGAAAAAAAAAAAAGCUCUCCCGCAAGGAGAUUCCUCCCCUGGCCAUCCUCUCGCCUGCCUCCGCAUCGGCGUGGUGUCCCGCGCGCCGUUGGGAGUGACGUCAUCAUGGCCCUCAACAUCGGCAUCCUCCCCCACCUCCUGGGCGCUGCCGCCAACAACCUGAACAACAACAACAACUUCAACAACAACAACGGCCUCUCGCGCAAUGCGGGCGGCGGCGGCAGCAGCAACAACGGCGCCAACCCGAUGAACAGUGUACGGGACCGGCUGUUCCACGCUCUGUUUGUGCGAGUGGCGCUCGCUUACGCGAGCGCGGUGCCCCCUUCUGUGCGGACUUUGUUCGAGUACAUCACCUUGCUCAAGGCUCUCUUAUCAUUCUUCAUCCUGGCUUACAUCCAUGCUGCAUUCAUCCGGACACCCAUCAACUGCCUGGAGCACGUCUGCCAUCAGUGGCCGCAGGAUGGCAUCCUGAGGAUCGAAAUCCUCCACGACACGGCCGCAUCGGCCGAGCCGUACACCGUGGAGCAGUCCUACCUCAAAGAGCAGCGGCUACAGCGCCUGGGCCAGCUGCCCGCACAACCGCAAGUGCGAGCGUCCAGCGGUGAUGAUGACAAAGUAAUUUCAACCCCUCCGCUCGCCGACGCCUCAAACUCUACCUCGGGGGACGAGCGGGACGACCAAGGUGCCGCAGUUUUGGGGGGUUCCGGUUCGACUGACCAGGACGCGGUGGGUGGCUCUGACGAUGUUCCGGAGGUGGACGAAGCCUUGCCACUGCUUGGUGGGGGCCGCCACCUGAAAGGCGUGAAAGGUGGGGGUUCGCAGUUUGUCUACCAUGACGCUGUGGCCAAUGGUAGUCAGGACAACCUGCAGAACAUUGAUGGGAAUGGGUACCCCCAGCCACUCCAGGAGCCUGUGUCUGAGCUUGAGAUGCUGGCCAGAGCUGUGUGGCCUCAGGAUGAGUACAUAGUUGAGUACUCCCUGGAGUACGGACUCCUCAGGCUCAGCCCAGCGACCCGCCAGAAGCUGAACAUCUCCGUCAAGAUUGUCACGCUUGAUCCGGCCAAGGAUGGCUGUUUCGGUGACUGGUUCAGCCGGCUUCUCUUGGACGGCUUCCUGGGCUAUGACGAUGUCCUGAUGGCGAGCCUGAAGAACCUCGCUGAACGUGAGGAAAACAAAGGUUAUGUGAGAAAUGUGGUCACGGGCGAGCACUACCGAUUCAUCAGUAUGUGGACCAGUCGGACGUCUUACAUAGCAGCUGCUUUCAUCAUGCUCGUGUUUACACUCUCUAUCUCCAUGCUGCUUCGGUACUCUCACCACCAAAUAUUUGUCUUCAUAGUUGAGCUGCUGCACAUGCUGGAGUUCAACUCGACGAUCAACUUCCCGGCCGGGCCUCUGCUGACGGUCAUCCUGGCGUUGGUUGGCAUGGAGACGAUCAUGUCCGAGUUCUUCAACGACACCACGACGGCCUUCUACAUCAUCCUGAUAGUGUGGGUUGCGGACCAGUACGACGCCAUCUGCUGCCACACCGCUAUCACAAAGAGGCACUGGCUCAGGUUCUUCUACCUGUACCACUUUGCGUUCUACGCGUACGACUACCGCUUCAACGGACAGUACAGUGGACUGGCCCUGCUGACCUCCUGGUUCUUCAUACAGCACUCUAUGAUCUACUUCUUCCACCACUACGAGCUGCCGUCGAUCCUGCAACGCUCGGGCCUGGAGCAGGGCGAGCCCGCCCGCGCGGACGCCGCGACCCAAGCGACUGGUGCGGAGUCGACGUCGACGACCGGCGCGGGAGGAGGCGGCAGCCCCGGCGGCGCGCCGCCGACCGCAGCCGCAUCGCAGCAGCAGCUGAACCAGCGCGGCGGGCCUUUCCACUCGACGACCGUCCGAUUGAACGGCCACGGUGGCAUCGCUAUUCAGCAGUCCGGAGACGCCCCCCGCGUCGCCUUCAUCCGGACCGUGUACAUCGGCAACCUGCUGAACGCGGCAACCCUGGGUACUGCCUCAGCCGCCGCGUCGCAGUCGCCUAACCAACAGCAGUCUCAGUCGCAGCAGCAACAGCAGCAGCAGCAGUCUCAGCAACAGCAAGCGCAGCAGUCGCCGAACGACGUCUCGAGGACGGAGGACGCCAACACGAGGAACGGAGAAGACCACGUUCCCAACGUCUGCACGACCACCACCACGGAGACCGAUGUGGAGGUGAUCCAGACGUCCGGCGACACGUCGGAGAACUCGCCCAAACUGGCCAACGUCGGUGACGGAGUGUCCAAGGAGCGCAAGGAGUCGACCUCUUCAUCCUGCGAGGACCUGAAGGGCGAAGCAGACGACGCGGCAUCUCGGAACGACGAGACGCCCGUGCCAGAACAGCAGCCCCAGCCGGCAGUUCCCGACGGCCAGAACACGGCGGCCCCCAGCUCGGAUGAUGCCGCAGCGUAGUAGUGGACCAUGGUAGAUGUCUUCAGGCUUUACAUGUUCCAGCGUCUUGCUUUUCCUGUUUUGUUUUCUGACACCUUUUUUUUUUCUUGUGUGUGGAGUGGACCACGGAAACAUUGUCGGGCCCUGCUGGCUUGUGCGAGCGCAGCGCCGGGUCAAGUUAGUCUAGAGCGAGCCAUCACGUUGGGCUUAGAUGCAGAAGUCCAUGCGGGUGUUCUCUGUUCGAGUGGAACCUCUUCACCACCGGUUUGUGUUCCGUCUUCGCUUCAUUUGCACGGAGCGUAACACACAUACUUUGUUCAAUGUAGACUUUGUUCAGCGUGGAACAUUGUGCCGGCAACUGUGACUACACCGACGAGAGCUAGUGUAAAUGGACUCUUAAGCUAUCGACCGAAGUAUGAUUCGUCGAUGCUGUUGUAGUGACUCUGUCCCAGGAACAGGGCCCACCGCUGACCACCUCCAGCUUGCUGUACUGUGGAGCCGUUGUGGCGGCAUGAACAUUGAACACUGACCAGCGCAGCUGUUUCGUAUGGCCAGGGCGCGUCACGCGGCCUGACCCAGUCAUAGGCCGUACGAUUUUUGUACAAAGUUAAAGAAACACCUGCACUAGUUGACUCUUCGAUUGAGCGCGGUAAGGUGCAGGAAAUGACGACACUUGCAAAACCUCAACAUUGAGUGGUCUUGAUCGAGAUCCUGUGCUCGGUGGUGUCUGCCGCUGUGUAUAGAAAAGUGGUCUUGCACUGCUUAACUUUAUUUUCUGCAAGGACUGCAACAGGCUUUUAGGAAUAAAGACUGGGUGAAAGAGCACGCCGCCAUGAUGGCGUGUAUCUUUAGUUUAUUCUUCUUUAUUUUUGGGGACGUUAUAAAACUGCAGAAAGUGCAAAAAAAAAAAAGGUUGAGUUUAGACGCUUUCCUUCUUUCACAAUGCUUGAACCUUCUGGGCAAGUGACCCUUUUCCGUAAAUGUAAAUACAACUUGCAGUGGUGCACCAUAUUGCUCUGUGCCAUUUCGUCGCCCUAGAUGGCUACUUAAAUAACUUAUUGUCUGCAAAUUCUAUGCCAUGUUGUGAAUGCAAGGCACUGCUAGUAAGCUUCGACUUAGGGCUUCACGAGAGCUUCGAGUAGGCUUCUACUUCGGGUUUCAGAAGGGAGAACCACGAUGAACUGCUUCAUUCUUUUACUUUGUAAGUGGUUUUCCACGUGCAGGAUUCUUCUUGCUCCAUCCACGGUAGUGAAAAAAAUUGGAUCUUCUACCUAUUUGGCAACUUAGGCGACUUGUGUUGUGGUGACAUUGUUUCGUGUGUUUUUUGGGAUUGCCGUGAGCUGACGACACACCUUCAUCCUUGCUGCUACACUUUGCAAGCGUUGAGUCAAAAACACACGUUUUUUUUUUUCGUUUUUUUUUUUCUGGGCGGCGUGGCUUUAGUCCCCUUCGCUGUUCUCGACUCCGAGUUUGUUUCAAAAAUAGAAAAAUAAAAAUGAAGAUGCAACAAC